AUUGUCAAACGGUUUUGUCAACCCUUAAACAACACACUAUCUCGACACGAACGUUAUUAUGUGCCGGUAUCAUGGAAACGAAAAUCAAUAUUCACAACAAUCAUCAUCAUCAUCACCAUCAUCAUUACCGCGAAUUUUACAAGCAUUAAUACGUAUGGAAAGAAAAGCAGAAAAUGAUUAUCACCUAAUUCAAUCUCGUCUGGGACAAAUUAAAGAAAUGGAAAGCAUUCUAAACAAAUUGAUUGUCACACAUAUCGAUUCAGAUAAUUAUGUUGAUUAUCUAUUCAAACGCGCCGAACAAUUGAGCGGACAUUUAGAAACAUAUGAGAAUAUUAUUGGAAAAAUCGAUAUUGGUGAACCGAUACGAAAGAAUUUCAAACAAAUUUCCUUUGAAUUUAUUGAAUAUUUAAAACGUAAAAUUGAAUUCAAAUCCGUAUGGAUUGAAAGUAUGGAACGAAUUGAAAUGGGUAGACAAACGAUUAAAGAAAAGGUUAUGAAAUUGGAUGAUUUCAAACAAACGAUUGAUGAUGCUUACGAAAAUGGUGAAUAUUUUCGUUUAAGUGAACAGAAAACUGAAUUUGAUCAACAACUUGAUCAAAUGAAUAAUUUAGUGGAUAAUUGUUUUCAAAGUGGCCAACAAUCCAAAGAAUUGAGCUCAAUAUUGCAUGAUAAAUUAACAGAAUUAGAGUCAAAUUUUCAACAUAUUGUACGUGAAUCAAUGGAUAAAAUUAAUGAUAUUAAACGAACAUCGGCUAGAAUCACUACCUGUUGAUCAUCUGUAUUCUGUAAUCUUUGAUGAUGAUGAUUUUUUUUUACAGUUUUGAAAUUUUGAA